AUGAAUAGUAGGAGUAAUUCAGUUUCAAGUUUAAAUAACAAUAUAAAUAAUAAUAAAACCACAACAAAUAAUAUAUUAUAUGAUAAUAAUUAUGAUUUAAUAAAAAAUGAAUUUUAUAAAUUAUCAAAUAAUAUUUUAAAUAUUUAUGAUUCAUUAAAUAAUUAUUGCGAUUCAAUAAAAUUAAUAUAUAUCGGUCAAAAUAGUUAUUUAAAUAAUUCAUUUUCAUAUUACGAUUCUAAUCAUCCAAUAUCAAAAUAUGGUAAUGAAAUUUUAACUCAAAUCGAUCUGGUGUUUAAUGAAUGGGGUUUAAAUCAAGCUGCAAACUUUCAAGCUUUAGUAGAGUUCUGUAAUCAGUUAGAUGCCAUUAGAAUAAAGAUCGAAUCUUAUGAAAGUGGUAAUAAAAGUGAUUCAAAUUUAAAAUCGGAGGUAUUCAAUGAUGUAAUUCACCAAUUUGACUGUAGGGUAAACAAUUUCGAUAUACCUUUAAUUAAUAUUCAGUUUUCUCUAAAUAGUUUAAUAACCUCAAUCUCAACAAUUCAAAACAAUUCCUCAUCUAGUCUUCAAAAUAAAAUUAAUUUUAUAAACCCAGUUUCUCAUUUAAGCCAAAUAAAUACCAAUACACAACAAUUAAAUGGGAAGAUUAAUAAUAGUAGUAAUAAUAAUAUGAAUAAGCCAAUUAAUAAUAGUAGUAAUAAUAUUAUUAAUUCAUCAAAUAAUAGUUUAAAUAAACCACCUCUACCAACUGCUUCAAAUAUUAAAAAGGCAAGCCUAAAACCAUUGGCAAGACCAUCUUCAGUAGAGAUCCCAAAAAUAGAUGCCCCAGAUAACAUGUAUAGAAGUGAAAAUAAAGAAAAGCAUAUACUAGGUCAACAUAUUACACCUCCAGCAAGAGCCAUUCCUCUUACCCCUCAACAACAUACAACACCAGCACCAAGAUUGGAUAUUUUAAAACAACAAACAAAACCUGCCGCUGCAACAAUACAACCAAUAAAACCUGCGGCAACACCACCACUAUCCAGACCUUCAGAUGAUAUUGUUCCAAAUAGACCUGCACCAAUACCACAACAAACAAAUCAUAACUUGGUUUCAAGACCUAGAGCUCAAUCUGUAAAUUAUUCUUCACCUCCAUUACAGAGACCUCCCGUAUCCCCAAUACAAACAAGACCUUCACCAGUUCCUUUGUUCCCCAAACCAGCACCUCAACCUUUACUACAAAAGCCUGCACCACAACCUUUACAUCAAAAGCCUGUAACACAGCUUGCACCACAACAGCAACCAUUAAGACCAACUCCAACAUUCCCUAAGCCACUAGCAUCACCAUCACAACAAAAUAAUUUAAAUUCACAGCCACCUGAACAAUCAAUUCACCAACCACUGAGGCCAGCACAAUCAUUUCCUAAACCUCUAGCAACUGCACAACAAAAUAAUAUUGCAACCGAACCUCAAUCAAGACCCCUUGCAUCAUCUUCAAGAUCUCAAGCAAACUCUUAUCAACAGCAAAAUAAGAGUGCAAAUGCAUCUACACCUGCACCAUACCAAAAUAACAAUUACAUUAAUAAUUUCAACAGUAAUAGUUUUAAUUAUCAAAGACCAUUACCACAACCACAACCUAAAUUCCAGCCAUAUCCUUCAAUUGAAGAAAAUAAACAAAUGAUUUCAUCAAAGCCUACUUCUUCAUCCUCAUCAUCCUCUAAAAAAGGAUUUUCUUUUUCAAAGCUUGUAAAGGAAAUUGAAGAUGGUGUAAAUAGCUCUAAUGGGGGUUUUGGAAUGGCGGUUAUGGGUGGCGGUCCUUCCUGUGGCCUAACAGGUAGACCAAUAUCUAAUGACCCUAAUAUUCAAGAUUUAAUGUAUGACUAUGAAAAACAUAGAAAGAUAUUUGGCAACAAAAGAUUUAAACUUUCCUAUAGCUAUACGCAAACAGUAUCGUAUAAAAAGUUUAAUAACAAAUAUACAAUUCUUAAAGGUAAACCAGUCAGCGGAUCAUCAGUUUAUUUAUAUAUAUUCGAACCACUUACAUUCCAAUCUCAAAAUAUUACAAGCUCAAAUAUUGUUUUUAGAGACAGUAAUGGUUUUGUAGCCGAGCCCACUGUUAUCUCUCACUUUCAAAAUAUUCUUAGUGUAGAGUUUAAAACCCCAAAAGAAGGUCAAACUUUUUAUUGUGAUUAUGAAUUUACAGCCGAUCUUUACUCAGCAACACUUGUAGAAGCAGCACCAAAUGAACAGAUUCAAGUUGAACCAAUUUCAAAUUCCGAAAGAGAAUUCUUUUUAAAGGUAGAAGGACAACUCAAAUUUAAUACACCAGAAUUUGAACAAUUCAUUAAUGAUAACUUGUUAUACCCUCAACAAUAUUCUGAUGGAACCCUUGAAAGCAAAUUAUGUUUCUCUUAUAGAGUGUCUCUUUAUAUAAAGUGCUAUGUAAAAUAUGACCUUAGUUCUGGUAAUCAAGAGCCCCUAGAAACAAUAAGAAAAGGUUUGGGUAAUUGUAGCUCAUAUUCUAUUCUUUUUGCAUCCAUUUUACGUUAUAAUGAUAUUCCAUGUAGAAUAAUAAGUGGUUUAGUAAGUCGUAAAAAGGAAACCUUACUUAUUGGUGGAAGAGCAGCUCAUGGUCAAAAUGAAUUUUAUAUUGAAGAAAUAGGAUGGGUACCCUACAACGGUGCAUUUAUGGACCACGGGGCAUAUAACUUUUUAGCAUUUGGUAGAUCAUUAGGUGAUCUUUUAACUCUAGGUAUGUUGCAAGAAAAAGGAAUUUUACCAACCGAUCCAAAUAAUGAAAGAGAUUUUCAAAUGCUACACAUUCAACCACCUGCAAGUUAUGAAGGCACAAAAAUUACAAGUGCAGAUUUUAUUACAGAUGAUCAACUCCAAAAAAUUGAUAAUUAUAGUUUUUUAUUAACAUAA